AUGUCUAACAAAUUUCCGGAAUUUUACGAUCUUCCAUGUUUUCUUCAAUCGAAUAUUCUUUCAUUAUUAGACGUUGAUACGAGAUUCUCAGUGGCUCUUACCUCAAAACCCUUUUAUAGACUUCAUAGCUUCGCCCCUUUAUUUAUCAAAAGAUUGAAACUGAAAUUCUACUAUGACGCGAAGCCAAUAGUAGUUUGUUCGAUAAGACUUGGAAAAGACUUGAAAUAUGAAUACAAGUUCGCUCAAAAAAAUGAUAAUGUCGAGCUACGAACUGGAAAAAAUUUCGAUAAUCUGGUGAUAAUCGAAAAUGCAAACUCAUUGCAAGAAUGCUACAAAUUUUUAGAGAAAAAGCAAGUUGGUCGACGUAUUAUGAUAUUUGAGAUUGCCCUUCGCAACAUGAUUUGGCCGGAUUUUAAGAGGGAGAUAACUACUGGCAAACUCAAUGUGGUCUCGGUGAAUAAGAAUCAUUUCCCAAAAGUUUUGGAAAUGUUUAAUCCAAAAAUGAAUCGGCUCUCGAUAAAAUGCACCGAGAAGUUGGUCCUCAAACCAGAAUUUGCCGAUUGCGAACACAUUAGGCUAGCCAGGGAAGUUAUAAUAUUGUCGACGUGCCACAUUCCGAACACUGUGUUCGCCACGUUGAAUACGAAGAAAAUUAAUUGGAUGAGAGGCAACGUUACGCCAAAUUUCAAAAGCAUCUUAAUAUUGAGUGCAACUGACUUCGAGCAACGAGCUGUGUUGAAGGACAUCCAAGCUGAGCAUUCGUGUAAAACCUACGCAGACUAUCAACCAGAAAUUCCUCAGCACGGAUUUGACAAAGUUGACUGUUUCACAAUCAAAAACGAAGCCAACACCGCAUCGGCUACAGUCAGCUUUUUUGCCGAGAAGAACCUUCUGGAGUUUGCUAUUGUCAAAGAGGCUCCGGAAAACAAAAAUAGCUGA